GUUUUUUCCAUAUGGAUCAGAUGCAAAUGAUACUAUAUUAAUGAAGGAUGAUGACAUAAGUACAACUGAGGAUAUAGCACUCGGUCAGGGUUUUAAGUACUACAGUUCUCAAAGGGACAAUAUCAUAGUGAACGAUAACGGAGUCAUGUAUCUGGAAAGUAGCGUAGCCAUUGAAGCCCGUCGAGUCCAGCCACAGCCCGUGCUUCUGCAGGGUUCAGAAUAUUCCCUCAUUACACCAUACUGGGCAGACACUGAUCCGACUUUGGAUGGCGCCAGCGUAUCUUACCGAAGCGUAUCGCGUGAGGGUAGCGGUGGCGAUGAGGCAUUUGGUAUGGCUGAUGAUAUCGUGAGGACGUCGUACAUGGAGUUGCAGAAUUUCGAGACUUCCUGGUUAUUCGUCGUGACAUUCGAUGAAUUAGGAUUUUAUAAUCCACUAUCUGUUGAUGAGAUGUAUACACAUCUACGAAACUCAUAUCAAGUUGUAUUGCUUACCGAUGGGGAGCUUUCAUUCUGCAUAUUCAACUACGGAAGCCUUACCUGGACAACAGGUUGGCUACAAGACAUGUUGGAUGAGAACGGGAAUCCAGUGUUUGAAGCAAGUGAUGGACAAGAAGGAAUUUAUCCAGCUCAGGCUGGUUUUAGUGCUGGUGAUAAUUCGAAUUAUUACCACCUGGAGGGAUCUAAUACCCAAGAAAUCAUUAAUAUUAAUCGAAAGAGUAACAUAAACGUUCCUGGGAGAUUCAUCUUUAGAAUUGACGGAGCAACAAUAACAGAACCAUUCAUCCCUAUAUCAGCAUUGUUCCUUCCCUAUGGCCCAGGGAUGGGUGAUGCGAGGAUAGAGAAUCAGAACGAUAUCAACACACCUGAUAUUCUGACGGGACAAGGAUUUAAAUUCUAUGGAUCAGUGAGGGAUACUCUGAGAGUGAAUGACAACGGUGUUAUUUUCUUUGGACAAGAUGAGCCCAACAUCAAUGCCUCCAUCCCACUGGUCGACGUUCCUUUUAUCGCUCCAUUCUGGGCAGACGUAGACAUAACCAGUGACCGUGGCAUAAUUUACUACCGUAAUGUUUCCCGCGUCAAUAGUAGUGAUAGUGCAUUCGAACGGGCUGAAGCCUCUGUGAGGACAUCAUCUAUGGAACUCCAGAAUUUUCAAUCUUCCUGGAUGUUCAUAGUGACAUGGGAAAGUGUGUCAUAUUAUCAAGAUCCCGUUGAUAACCAGUAUGAUCGUCUGAGGAACUCGUUUCAGACAGUCUUACUAACUGAUGGGAGUAUAUCAUUGAGUCUGUUCAUAUACGGUGAUAUCACAUGGACGACUGGUGUCAAUCAAGGUGGCAAUGCUUCAGGUCUUGGCGGGAAUGAAGCUCAGGUUGGUUUCAAUGCUGGUGAUGGGGUGAAAUCGCAUGUCUUAGAUGGAUCUUAUACUCCAGAUGUAUUGAAUAUCGACAACAGAACCAACAUUGGAAUUCCUGGCAUAUUCAUAUUCAGAAUAGACACAGAGAAUAUUGCACAAUCCCGUUGUAAAUCCUUCGGUAAAUUAUCGAUAAAUCCAUCGAUUGGGAGUACGUUAGGAGGAACUGAAGUGAUCAUUGGAGGCGCAUGUUUCAACUCUACCAGCAUCAUCAAGUGUCGCUUUGAUGAGAAAGUGAUCACUGGAAUAGUGAUUUCACCCACGUCUGCAGUGUGUGUUACUCCCACAUUCUUCAAAACUGGACGUAUCCCGCUAAAUGUUUCGGUCAAUAAUGGAUCUACGUUUGAUUUCACUGCUACUUUUACAUUGGGUAAGGAUUGGAUCAUGUAUGAGAUAGUGCAAAUCAAAUGGGAUAAGCUUAUCCCUGUAUGA